GACUUUUAUUGUGAAAAACCCAGGGCCGGAAUUGGCUUCGUUAUCUUUUCUCACGUAGCGGAGCUCGUCAAUUGUCAACACGGAGUUUGGACAAAACCAGCGCAGCUUUGUCGCACACUGAAGAAAAUGUUAGAAAGGAUCACAUUCCCCACAACAUCCCGGAAUAGAACUGUGUAUUUGUAGACUUUCAGGCACAGGAAGAAAGAACAUAGAGACUCCAGACAGAAAGGCCCUGGUCGGCUGCCAGGUUCUUGCGACUGUGGUUACAUCAGGUUGGGAAGGAGGGAUGCCAGUGGAGAGUGGGAUCAGUGCUGCUGCCCGGCAGGCCAAGCAGAAGAGGAAGUCCCACAGCUUGUCCAUUCGUAGGACCAACAGCACUGAGCAGGAUCGCUCCGGCCUGCAGAGAGAUAUGCUCGAGGGACAGGACUCCAAGCUGCCUCUGCCUCUGAGGAGCAAUCUGCUGGACCUGUUCAGUCAGAUCGAGAGGGAGUUUGAAAACCUCUACAUAGAAAACCUGGAAUUACGCAGAGAAAUCGAAACACUGAAUGAUCGUUUAGCUGCAGAGGGGCAGACGUUUGAAGGGGCAGAUUUAGUCAAAGGAGCGCUCAAAACAAAAGCGAGCCAUAGUACCAGCCAGCUGUCACAGAAACUAAAAACGACCUACAAGGCUUCCACAAGCAAGAUUGUAUCCAGUUUCAAAGCGACUACAUCCAGAGCGGUGUGUCAGCUGGUCCGGGAGUAUGUCGGCCACAGAGAUGGCAUUUGGGACCUUGGUGUCACCAGGACACAACCCAUGGUGCUGGGUACCGCAUCUGCAGACCACACCGCGAUGCUGUGGAGCAUUGAGACUGGGAAGUGCCUCCUCAAAUAUACAGGCCAUCAAGGAUCAGUCAACUCCAUCAAGUUCCACCCCACUGAGCAGAUGGCUCUAACAGCCUCUGGAGACCAGACAGCUCACAUCUGGAGAUACAUGGUGCAGCUGCCGACUCCACAGCCUGUUGCUGACAUCAGCCAGCAGACACCCUGCGAAGAUGAUGUGGACUUUUCGGAUAAAGACGAGGCCGACGGCGAGGUCGAGGGUUCGAAUGACUGUCCCUCUGUUCGUGUGGCGAUCACGACUCUGCGCAGCCACCAGGGGGUGGUGAUCGCUGCUGAUUGGGUGGUGGGGGGCAAACAGGUGGUGACGGCCUCCUGGGAUCGAGCUGCCAACCUGUAUGACGUGGAGACCUCGGAGCUGGUCCACUCACUCACAGGCCACGACCAGGAGCUGACCCACUGCUGCACACACCCCACCCAGCGUCUGGUGGUCACUUCGUCCAGAGACACCACCUUCAGACUGUGGGACUUCAGAGACCCGUCCAUCCACUCCGUCAACGUGUUCCAGGGACACACAGACACGGUGACGUCUGCGGUGUUCACGGUGGGGGACAAUGUAGUGUCAGGGAGCGACGAUCGCACUGUCAAAGUGUGGGACCUGAAGAACAUGAGGUCGCCCAUAGCAACCAUCCGAACCGACUCUGCUGUCAACAGGAUCAGUGUGUCAGUGAACCAGAAAAUCAUCGCUCUUCCUCAUGACAAUCGGCAAGUCCGGUUGUUCGACAUGUCCGGGGUACGACUGGCACGACUUCCACGAAGCAACAGACAGGGUCACCGACGCAUGGUCUGCUGCUCCACCUGGUGUGAGGACAACACCUCCUGCAACCUGUUCACCUGCGGCUUCGACCGGCAGGCCAUCGGCUGGGAAAACCACAACCCCCCCCCUCCGCUGCAGGAGAAAUGACCUCCACCUCCUCCUCCUGUAACCUGACAGUGAUAGGCCACCUAGAGUUUGUGUUUGGAGUAUCAAAUACUCGUCACCUGUGGGCUUAAAAGGCGGCUGCAAAAAGUUUACUUUCAUCCUUUUUGUCUGUGAAAACUUGUAACUGACGUAGUUUGAAUGACUCAGUGAAGGAUAAAAUGACUGACUUUUAACAGCCGUCUGAACUCGUGCUCGCUGUCUAAUGCAUCUGUCACACUCUACAUCACCGCCAAUAUAUUCAGAACACAUUUGUGUGUGUUUUUGCAUGGCAACCAUUUCUCAUCAUUGAAAAAAAAAAAACCCUGUGUACCACUGAUGUAAAAAGCUCAGACGUAACAGCAGGAGGUUGUUUCUAUUGUAAACUAAAAAGCAUUUUGCUGCAGCUGAACAGUUAAAGAAGUGAAGUGCUGCACAUAUGUGUAUGCUUGAUGCUGAUUUAAUACAGCAAACCUAAUCUGUCCCACUAACCUGCAACAGGAACAGCAGUCUGAUGCUUUAAAGGAAAAAUCCACUAGUUUUAUACCAUUAGAUUUUGGUGUUCAGUGCUUUGCAGAUGUUAAUCUGUUACAACUUUCCUGAUUUCUGUGACUGCUCUUGGUCCAAACCAAACCUUAGUCUUGUAUUUAGCUCCUGUCCCUCGGGAUCUCUAAGUAGGACUGCAAAACACUGAUGCAAACAGGAAGAAGUUCCCGCUGUUUCAUUCUGAGGAACUGAUGCUAAAUUCAUCAGACCUUUUCCAGUUUUGGAAAUCGCCUGACCACACAGACAGUACUUUUUUUUUUUUCUUUUUUUUUUUUACCAGUAUUUCAGUGGAUUUUUCCUCCUGUGUUUGAUUCCAAAAUGUUUAGUUUGCCACCUGAAAUUUACAGCCAAGUAUCUCUAAUAUACAUAAUUUAAAAAUGCUUGACUAAAUUAAAACAAAUUUAGGCUCAUAAAGUAGGGUUUCAUUCACUUCAGAGCAGAUGUUUCUUGUCAGAUGACAAACGAUCACAUUUUGGAAAGACACUUUGUUGCUCAGUUCUGCUCAGUGUUCAGGAGUCUCUGUGAAAGCAAAGAGUGCACCUUAAAAAAAACAAUAGCUGUUACAAUUGUUCUUUUCAUUGCUGUAUUAGAGAAAAAGCUUUUGCGGCUCCUGUACAUAGUCAACACCGUCAGAGUGGAAAACCACAUUGUUUGGCACAUACCCCUAAAAAGGAUUUCAUUAUCCUGUACUGUAUCAAAGCGGCUGUUAACAGAGAUAAAACCAACUCUCCUGUUGACCUGUGAAGCGUGAGAACAUGGCAGGUUGCUCCCCACUGAGGAUACGCUUGUGCAGCUCAACCGUUUUCAGGCAUGACUGUCCCACUACGUGUCACUCAGACUGAACCUGAGCCUUCGGUCACACAGGCGUUUGAUGAAUGUGUUAUGAGAAGGUUGUUUAAAAUGGAAGAACUGAUGGAGGAAACAUUUUAUUAGUAACUAAAAAAAUUAUGCCUGCCAGGUGACCCAGUGGCUUUGGUAUAAAUAAGCUGUAAUUUAUGAUUAUUGAUUACAUUUUAAUGGACUUUUAAAAAUAUAUUUAUCCCUUUUUUCUUUUUUUGAUACCACAAAAAUAUUUAGAUUCUCUCGGCUUUUCAGACCAUUGUAUUUCGACAGACUCGAAAAGCAUUAAAAAGUUCAUCUGGACUUGUUUCCAAUACUAGGUGGCUAAUUUAAAAAGCAAUAAAGUUAAAUAGGUGCUCCAAACUUUGCUCAUCUGCACACCGAUAUUUAAAUAACACUUGUUUUAAUAAUUGAUGUUGCAGCAGUGUAGUUUCUAGCCUGGCAGUGCUCUUCCUAUACCAAAUUUUAUAAAUGCCUGUGUGACUGAACUGUUUGGUUCUGUCUGGAACCAUCCAGGACCACGAGACUCAGUGUCACUGUCCUGUCUCAGGAGAACUGACUGAAAUUCCUGUGUGCUGGUCAGUGUUUCACUCCACUGUGGAUGUGCAGGCGAAGCUCGUGCUCUGCUGAGCGUGGCUUCUACCCAGGGCAGUGGUUUCUCUUUAGAGUAGCAACACUGGGCUUAUAAACCAGAACUCCUUGUCUCAUGUGUCAGUUUUGUCUCCUGGGUGGAGGUUUGAGUGUUUCAGGUCUGUUUUGCUUUGGUUUUAUUGACCUUAAACUCAUCCUACACUGAUCCCAGUAGUAGUUUCUCCCACAUGGUCUGAUCAGCCACUUUCCUUACUGUAUUUCUGGAACACACACACUGUGUCAGUCAACAUGUUAUGUCAUGAAAUUUGAUUUCAGUCACCAAAACAUUGGCAUCAACAAAUUAAUGUAGAUCAACUUUGAUCUGCUGGAACUGAUGCAACAUGACUGUAAAAAAAAUUUCUGUUCUGGUUUAUAACAAUGCCCUUUAGUCAUUAGUGUUGAAACACUGUUGUGAUGUGUUUGCUGUCAGCCGCUCUGCUUCCUCACUGUCGCUACAACACUCCACCAAAGCUGCAUUUAAAUGAAUGGCUUGUCCCAUACACUGUAAUGGUGUGUGUGUGUGUGUGUGUGUGUGUGUUUGAGAUGCUUUCACUACAUUACCAGAACAAAGCGUGUGUGUGUCUGUAUGGUGAUAUAAAUCAGUGUCUAAAACAAGUUGUACUUUGCUGUACUUGGCGUGUGCUUUGACUGGCCUGGUUAGUUUGAGCGGUAACGCCGUGCACAACCACAGUUCACUUCCGAAUCUUUGUAGGUCUAGCUUUAGAGUCAUUAAAUCAUGUACAUCAGCAUGACAAAUGUUUCUUCUGUCAGAGGGUAAAACCACUUUUGGUGGAAACCCUCAGUUUGUAGGUGUUUGCUAACAUGUAACAGCUGCCUUUUGCAAGAAAUGGAUUUCUAAUAACAGAAAAACACCAUGUUGAGAGUUUUGAUUUUAGCAGGUGUAACGACACCAAAUCCAUGAAGGUUUUCAACAAACUAAAGUGAUUACAGUACUUGUCAAAAGGCAGUGGCAAAGUGUUAAUCUUCUAACUUUGCACCAUGACAUUUAUAUCAUAUAAAUUGUAAUAUAUGAAAGAAUGUAGCUGGUUUGGCUGUGUAGUGUAUUUCAUCUGCAGUGGUUCUAUCCCUCAUUACUUGACAUGUAAUCCUGCUUUUGUUUUUAAUUUGUGUAAAUCCAUUUAACUGCUUCACGAUUGAUGUCAGGUCAUUUGUAAAAGUUUUACAUUCACAUAAAUCGAAGUUGAUUGCCUUUUUUAUAAAGGGGAUGGUAAAUGUAAUGUCAUUUCUUGGCGCAGCUGUCCAGAUUAGAAAUUUUAAUUCCCCAUAAAACAUCAAAAUGACAAUUUAAAAGUACUGUGUUAUCUAAAACAAACACUUGAGAUUCAGUUUUUGGAACCAUUUAAGCAGAAAUGGAGUAGACGCCAUUCUGCAAAAGCAGUGACCUCGGAUUUAAAUGAUACAAGGUUUUGUGUGCAUGAAUGUUUGAACUCCACUUUAACCAGUACUUUGCAGACAGUUUAAGAAAGUUUCAGUGCAGUCAGCUGCCUUUUCUAUCAACACUGAGCCACUGUUCCAUUUUCAUAAUUCACCAGCUUUUAACAUUUUCACUGUCAAUCACAAGAAAGCCAGAUCACAUCAGCACUGGUCAUCGUACACCUGCCAUUUUGAAGCCUUGUAAAAUUGUGGCUCCUCGGUGUUAGCGGUGUUGUGUGUGAUGGAAGUGGUUGAUGUAGAACAACAAACAUGACAGUUCCAUUUGCAAUUAAAAAAAAAUAAAUAAAGAUGUAAACCUGUUGGACUGACUCGACCACCGUUUUGUGGAUCAUAGCUGUGCACUGAGAAACAAGCAUCUGCUUGUGUAAUCAAAAUAAACCAUUUGUGCUGUUG